UAUUCAACAAUCCACGGACUUCAUGCAAAAUACCAAGAACAAAGGUUUAACACACAAACAACUACCAAUUUUUCAAUGUCGGUGCUGAAUGAUCCAGAAUAUAUUAUUCACCAAUUACGUAUAGGUUAUCUUCGUCGUGUAGGAGACCGAAUCGGAGAGCGAGUUAUUAGCUUCAAUCCAAGUGUUCUUACAAAUGACUACAUUAAAACUGCUGCAUCUUCGUAUCCGGAGAUGAUAACUUGUCAUUCACCGAGCAUUUGCAUGCCGGGAAACGAUUAUUUUAGCAGUAAAAGCGUAAUAAGUAGUGCAGCUUGUUCACCCAUAUCAGGUAAUGGGAGGAUAAAACUUAUAAAUUCUUCAAAUGGAAGUAGAGAUGCAAUAUCAACACAUGGUGGUAGAGAAAAGUCAAGUAUAAAUAAUGCCGACAAUGGCGACAGUGACGAUGACAUCGAACUUGAUGGUGAUGCAAAUGCAAAACAGCCUUCGUUUGCCAAACUUCUUUUACCAAAGCAAACUGUGCCUCCUCCGCCUGUAUUUGUGACAUCUCCUUCGAAACCACCCACUCGUCGGAAUUUGGUUCAUUCCUAUUCACCGGAGGAUGCUCUAAAAACUUCACCAGAUAUUAUACUUGAAAU